AUGUCGAACAGCAACAGGCAGGUUAAUGGCGAUGUUGCCUCCAACUCCGCGGUCAUCAAGCACUUGCUUGGAUACCCUAUCGUCGAGUCCAGUAUCUCGACUGUGAAGGCCAACCCCUACGGCCAAAAACUCCUCGAGGUUACCGAGAAGGUGUACCAGGUUGGAGCCCCCUUCCUCGGCUACCUCCAGGGCCCGUACCAAUAUGUCUCCCCAUACGUCCAUAAGGCCGAUGACUUGGGUGACAAGACGUUGUCCAAGAUCGAUGAGAAGUUUCCGAUUGUCAAGAAGCCGACAGAUGAGCUUGUCCACGACGCCCAGUCUCUUCUCCAGUUCCCCAUCCGCCUUGGCCAGAGCGGCAAGGAGCAUGUUCUCAGCACCUACAACACCGAGCUCGAGAAGGUUGGCGGCAAAGGCUUGAGCGCUUACUACAAGGCUGCUCUCACUACUGCUCUCACUAUCGGCACCGAGACCUACGCUACUGCCGCCAGCUUCCUCAACACCCAGAAAGAGAACGCCAAGCAACAGACGGCUAACGGCACGGCCAACAACUAG